AUGUCUGCUAAAACCAAUGCCACAGUCCAGGGCGGAGUCGACCGCGGCGACACCUUCGAAAAACCCCCACCAUCCACCUACCAACCCUACGAGAAACCACCACUGAGCACCAUAAUCAACUGCGACGAUUUCGAAGAAGUAGCAAAAAACACUCUCGCAAAAAAGACAUGGGCAUUCUACAGUUCUGCAGCGACGGAUUGCUACACCUACGAGCGAAACAGAAGUUUCUUUAGCCGUAUCUGGUUCAGACCCCGCAUCCUCAGAGACGUGAGUAAGAUUGAUACUACGACCACGAUUCUGGGGCAUGAUGUUGGUGUGCCGUUUAUGGUGCAUCCGGCUGCGCUGGUCAAGUUGGUGCAUCCGGAUGGUGAGAAGGGAAUUGCGAGGGGUUUGAGCAAGGAGAAUGUGCCAUAUUGCGUUUCGAGCAAUGCUUCCUAUCCCAUCGAUGAAGUCGUGUCUUCCGUGCGCAGAGGUCAGCCCUUCUUCUUCCAGCUCUACGUCAACAAAGAUCGCAAGCAAUCAGAAGAACUCCUCAAAAGAGUCCGCAAGGCUGGCUGCUCGGCCGUCUUCGUUACGGUCGAUGCACCAGUACCCGGCAAGCGCGAGGCCGACGAGAGGGUUUCUGCAGAUCCCAGCACAAAUGCACCCAUGUCAGGUGCUCAGGCCGUCAAUGACAAGAAGGGCGGUGGCUUGGGUAGAAUCAUGGGGGCUUACAUCGACAGCAGUCUGAGCUGGGACGACCUGCAAUGGCUGCGUCGUAAUUGGGACGGCAAGAUUGUGCUCAAAGGUAUCCAGAGCGCAGAGGAUGCAAAGAUGGCUGCUGAUGCAGGUGUCGACGGCAUCGUGUUGAGCAACCACGGAGGCAGAAGUUUGGACACUUCGCCACCAUCGAUCAUGAUCCUGCUCGAGUGCCAGCGACGCUACCCAGAGAUAUUUGAUCGUCUCGAGGUUUAUGUCGAUGGUGGCAUCCGCCGUGGUACUGACAUCCUGAAGUGCCUUUGUCUGGGAGCAAAGGCAGUCGGUCUCGGACGACCCUUCUUGUACUCGGUCAACUACGGAGCCGAAGGAGUGGAGCACAUGGUCGACAUCCUCAAAGACGAGCUAGAAACAAGCAUGAAGUUGCUGGGCGUCAACAAUCUGUCAGAGGUCCAUCCUGGCCUGAUCAACAGCUUGGACGUCGACCAUCUAGUGCCUACUGCAGCGGAUCAUCCAUAUGCUAAGUGGAGCCCAACGAAGACAUCGAAGCGAUCGGCACGCUUGUAG